UUGACUGUAUAAUCUACUAAAUUAAAUUUACAAAGUCGAGUACUCUGUAAAAGCUGCCCCUAUGGUCAAAACCAGGGUCAGAAUUAAAUUGCAAAUGGGACAUUAUAGUUCCCAGUAUUUAGAACAGAUUUGACUAGUAGGUACCCAUGCUAAUUUUCCAACGAAUUCUGUUAAUCUAAUCUGAUAGCUACAAUACUUUUCAGAUUGCAAUAUUGCAUGUAAAGCACAUGUCAGCAUUCUGUAGAUCUAUGCGCAGUAACACCACUGCAACUGAAAUUACCUCAUCAUCGACCGUAAAAACUAAGGAUUCUAAAACAUAAUCCUUUCAGAAUCCAGAAUAAUUGUGUCUAUGUUUAUUAUUGCCCAAGAAAGUGUUGGGUUCUGUUUAAUGAGUUUCAUUAUAUUUUGUUUGAAUAGAGGAAUUUCAUGUAGGUAAUAAUACAAAGUUAGUUGGAGUUGGUUGCUAUUCGUGAGACUGAGCGGGCGCGCGCCUCGUCACGCCGCGGAAAGUGUGGCUCGCUUGGUCACGGCCAAGGUCUCGCGGUACGCUGCGUUCAUCAUUAUGUAACCGUGUUGUUGUAUAAAUGAUAAAACAUUCGCAUUUUCAUACUUUGCGUAAACCCACAACAAUUGACUAAAUUUUAACCCAAGAAAUCCAUAUUCCCCCUUGUUUGUUAUUGCACCUUUGUUGACCACAAAAUGCCAAUGCUCUUAUUCAAUGUUUUGAAUCGUUAAACAAACAUUAUUUUUAUCCUGAGGCGUAAAGGCAGUUCAGGUACCUCCAUGUAUUUAAUUUAAGAUGCCAGUAAAUGAAAACAAUAGAUCGUUAGACCAAAUUUUGCUGUUGGUCAAUUGCAAUGUUUUCAAUUUCAACUAGACGCCCGCGUCAUGACUAUUAUAAAAUCUGAUCGCGUCUGAUAAGUCAUCGCUGCUUCUAUUAGAUACUUUGUAGUUGUUAGUUGUAUCAAAUGGCAUGAUGUCGUUUAAAUCUUAAUCAAGGACAUCAAUUUUGGUUGUCUACCAAUAAAACAAUCGAAGCAUUUGUUUGUGAAUGUUGUGAUCGAACAAGUUCCGGGCGUUCUCCCCGCGCAGCCGCGCUCGCUUCGCGGCGAGUGGCCUGGCCAGCGAGCAUCGUUGCGAUCUCGUACAGAGUGCAAACAAAAAACACCUGUAGUCGUCAGCAAAUCGCCAAGGUCGCAGGCCCCCGCGGCGCGCUCCUCGCGUUCCGUUUACCCAUAUCUCGCGGCGAGCGAAUGCACGCCCGCCUCCGCGCCUGACUCACCGACCCCGCCGCCUUACACCCGCGGCGCCCCGGGUCAAGUCUAGGACAGCCGUUUGACUUUGCUCCAGCACUGUGACCGCUUCUUUGAAAUUAUGCCGCCUGGUGACGUCACCCAUUUCACACACGUUCAGUGAACCAACCCUACUGCUCUACAUCCGUUCGUUAUAUUUUUAUUUACGGCGCAACUGUCGCAUUACAUGUUUACGUUUGGCUAUACAAGUUCUCCUAUCUUUGGAAAAUGCGCAAUUUGGUUUACACACAUGAAAAUGAAAGUGUAAUCAAAAGCCAGUGCGAUAAGGUGGUGCGCGCGCGUCGCUAUUGUCAAUGUUAAUUGUGGCUGGCGGGCGCGUCAAGUCAAGGUCGGCGCGGAUCGAUGCAGGGAGGGGGCAGGCGGCGUGCCUCCGCACUACUACCCAUGCAAGCAUGCAGUGCGCGCAAUGAAGAAAGUGAAGGAAAGUGGGGACAUUCCUAGAGCGAUCCAAACUGCUCUGCGCUCGUUAAUCUAGUUUUUGUAUCCACCCGUCUCACUGAAAGAAAUCAUUUUACGUUUCUUGAUAUUAUGAAGUGUUUGUUCAUAUUUUCUAAACCAGGGUUUUAUCUGAACUUAUUUUCUACGUAGAUUGUUUUCCUUGUUGAUAUUACCGGUCGUUUGUACUCGUUUAGUACGAGUAGAGAGAUUCCUUUUGUGGGGCUCUCAGAAUCCAGCAACAUUAAGCUAUUAAACCUAUUCCCUUAUUUCUAUUUGAAGUAUUCUAUAGCCGUUUGAUUGACGCUUUUGUCGCAUUGACGAUGGCGUGCUUUUACUAGGUGGGGUGUUAUUAUUGAUUUGUCAAAUUGUCACCCUCAUAGGCAGGCUUUACGCGAUAAGGCCGCCAUUUGCCAUGUAGUUAAGAGUCUUUUGUAAAUAUUUCCUUUUAUUUUGGUGCAAUAAUGUAUAUUUUUAUUGUAUUGUAGGUAUAAUAACAUUAUGUAUGUGGUGUUCGCCCACGUAAAUUUAGUUCGAAAAGAAAUCUCGCGUUACAAGACAGGCUAUCAAUUUCAUAGACUGGUGGUCGUCAAGGAGACCGCUUGAUUGACAGGUCGGGGUAAUGUAGUCGCCUGAUACACCCAUGUUGCCAUCCUACGUCAAGCGUAAAGGGAUAUGGAUUCGCGCCUGGAUGGGUUCUUUUGAAUUGGGCGUGAAUAAUGUCUGAACGCCCACGCCAUAAAUGAGGCGAUUCUUUACACAUCGUUAAUGGCUCUCUGGGGUUUCGGUGUUUAAUUUUGUUUAUUAGUUUUUGCAGAUGGAAAGUGAGAUGGGUGGUGGUAGUGGAAAGUUAUGGAGCAGUCAAGUGAUCCCACCGUGGCGGGUCUAAUUAAUGUCUCACGCUAGGCAGCCAGGCAGGCGUAAAGUUCUGCAUUAAGGGACACGUGGAGCACUCAACAGACUAGAUUGUAUUAUGCAAAUUAUAUCGCAGUCUGCAUUUUGUGAUGCUCACUCUUUGUAGCGUCUUAGUUUAAUUUCGCUUUCUUCAACUUUUUCCACAUUGUCAUUCUUUUCUUCAUUUCUCAAAUGUCUCUCUGAUUUGCCUAUUCGCAUUUAAAUGUAUCCAUUUAGUUUAACAGUGUUAACACGUCAUUAUUUAACAGAGAUAAACCAAAGUUCAAUAUGCGAACCAAAUAAUCUGAUACGUUGGGGUCGUAACCGCCAAUUUGAUCAGUUUGCCAACGUGUAACCGUGUAACGAACAUCAAUUUAAGUACAAAUUCUAUUUUGGAAACACGUGUACGUGGUCCAAGGUCUUACUAUAAUUCGUCCUCGAAUAAAAUAAACACCAUCCGGUGUUUUGUUUUACUUGAAAAGUUGUUAAAAUUCAUUUUUUCAGUAGUCCAAGCAACAAAGCCCCCUCACAAAUGAUUCAUAUCGUUACGGAAAUUUCGUAUAUAGCCAAGUAUGGGUCUACCUAAUUUUCAUUAGAAGUGUACAAACUUUGUUCUUUUAAUCCAUCCAAGCUCUUCACCUUCAAAUCCAAUCCGAAGUGUUCCGGAAGUCUUUUUGAACGCCGCCCUUUCAUAAAAUCUUCUUACAUCUCAAGUGUUCAAUAUUCUAUUACCCAUUCCUUAUCUGGUUCGUCUAUGUUUUUUUUAGUUUCAUUUUGUUCGAUGCAACCUAUAAUGUACAAUAACGAAAUAUGUAUUGUCGUUUAGAUGUAUUUUCACACAUGUUGAGUUUAUUUGCAUUUUCUCUAUAACGUUUACGUGUCGUUGAAAACUGCCAAUUGAAGUUGAAAUUAGUUAGCAAAACGGUGAAAGGAUUAUUUAUAGAGCCUUUAGGCGUUGGAUGACACAGGUUUUAAUACUUCAGAAUGACAUUGAAUCGAUAGUUUUAAGUUUAUAAACCGUGCUGGUUUCUAGGUAGUGACACAGCAUAAAAUUCUAUAUGGUAGAGGCUAGCGCAGGGAGUGCGGUCCAUGAGUGACGCAAAACUUAAUUACAGAAACGCGCCGUAGCCACGAUCACGAAGGCCAACGGCUAACAACCACAAUUAUUUAGACGAUACCAAAUCUAACAUAACUAUAAAAUAUUUAUACGAUUUCGUUCAAUUCGGUAUCAUAUGCAGGUUAUUGGCAAAAAUGCGAUUAUAGCGACUCGUUUUCCAACAUAAAAUCAGAUUUAUUCACGUAUGAUUGUAUGCGGACCUUGAGCGCGUCGGGUGAGACCUUCAACGCCGGUAACCGCGCGGAAGUUGGCUGGUACCUAUAUUUUUUGUCAAUUUCGUGCUUGUUGAGUUCUAGCACGCAUUAGUCACUGGCUAAGCAUCGCGGUCGACGCAUUGUUGACGGCUGCAGCGCGAUAUCGCGCGGGUGCAAUAACAGCCGCUAUCACAAUGUCACAACGACGUCUGCUUUGUCCCCGGCUCUGACGCUUUUGUUCGCGCGCGGCAGCGCCGAGAUACAGUCGCGUUUUCUCAAUUUGAGCGUUCAUCAUAAUCGCGGUAUCAUACCGCGAAUUGAUCGUGUGGAUCGGAUCGUGCAUCGGGGCCGUUCGGUUGACGUGUGAAUUUGUGCAGUGUUAUUGCGGUCACCACUUCAGUGCGAGGUUGCGAGUGAUGUGAGGAUGCUAGUGCGUGGCCAUGUCGAGCGUGGCGAAGAAAGACAAGCCGACGAUGUCGGUGACGGCGCUGAUCAACUGGGCGCGGCCGGCGGGCCCGCAGCAGCCGCCGCCCGCGUCGCCGGCGCCCGCCGCCGCUGCCAUGCUGCAGCACCUGCCGACGCCUUCCCAUAUGCCCACGGUUGACUGUUCCCUCGACAUGCAAUGGUUGAACCUGGAAGGAGGCUUCAUGUCGCCCAUGUCUCCGCCGGAGAUGAAGCCGGACACGGCGAUGCUGGACGGGCUGCGUGACGACGCCACCUCCCCCCCGGCCUUCAAGACCAACAACUACCCCCCGAACCACCCCCUCAGCGGUUCCAAACAUCUCUGCUCGAUAUGCGGCGACCGGGCCUCCGGGAAACAUUACGGCGUCUACAGUUGCGAGGGCUGCAAGGGCUUCUUCAAGCGGACGGUGCGGAAGGACCUAACGUACGCCUGUCGCGAGGAGCGCAACUGCAUCAUAGACAAGCGACAGAGGAAUCGGUGCCAGUAUUGUCGAUAUCAGAAAUGCCUCGCCUGUGGUAUGAAGCGCGAGGCAGUGCAGGAGGAAAGGCAGAGGGCCGCGCGAGGGGCCGAGGACGCUCACCCCAGCAGCUCCGUACAGAUCAUAUCUCCGCAGGAGCUGUCGAUCGAGCGGCUGAUGGAGAUGGAGUCGCUGGUGGCGGAUCCCAGCGAGGAGUUCCAGUUCCUGCGCGUCGGCCCCGACAGCAACGUGCCGCCGCGAUACCGCGCGCCCGUCUCCAGCCUCUGUCAGAUCGGCAACAAGCAGAUAGCCGCGCUGGUAGUGUGGGCGCGCGACAUCCCGCACUUCGGGCAGCUGGAGUUAGAGGACCAGGUGCUGCUCAUCAAGAGCUCCUGGAACGAGCUGCUGCUGUUCGCCAUCGCCUGGCGCUCCAUGGAGUAUCUUGAGGACGAACGCGAGAACAUGGAUGGAUCAAGAAGUGUCGCGCCGCCACAGCUCAUGUGUCUAAUGCCAGGCAUGACGCUGCACCGCAACUCCGCGCUGCAGGCGGGCGUAGGCCAGAUCUUCGACCGCGUGCUGUCCGAGCUGUCCAUGAAGAUGCGCGCGCUGCGCAUGGACCAGGCCGAGUACGUCGCGCUCAAGGCCAUCGUGCUGCUCAACCCUGAUGUGAAAGGCUUGAAAAAUAAACAAGAAGUCGAAGUUCUACGAGAGAAGAUGUUCUCCUGCCUGGACGAGUACUGCCGACGGUCACGUCUCAACGAGGAAGGCAGGUUCGCCUCCCUGCUACUGCGGCUCCCAGCCCUCCGGUCCAUCUCCCUCAAGAGCUUCGAGCACCUCUUCUUCUUCCACCUCGUCGCCGACGGCCACGUCACCGGGUAUAUACGGGAGGCACUGCGCAACCAUACGCCGGCUAUUGACGCCAAUUCCAUGAUGUAAGGUGAGGCUGUUGGAUGUGUUCGCUUGAGAUUAUCGAGUUUAGAGUAAUGUCGUCUUUGGGUUUUAUGGCUAGGUUCUUUUGUCCUUUAAUGAAGUUCAAGAAAAAGGGUAAUGUGAGUAAAAUGUAGAAAUGGAUUUUAUUAACUGGCCAUGUUUGUUUAUUUUAAUUAUUACAUUGGUCGGCAAAUAAAUUGUAGUGUUGCCAAUUGGGAAAAAUAUAUAUAGUUUUUGUAUAUAAAAUUUUACUCUGUAGAAAGUAGGACAUAAAUGUAACCUUUUCCAUAUUGUUUUGAAGUAACUAUGAAGCAAAUACCAUGGACUGAAAACCGCUGGUCGGUACAACCUCUGGUAUCACUUCAAGUCGAUAAACUUAUCGAUAUUAAAUAACAAACACGACAGUACUCUAAAACCAUUGAAGAACAAAAUACGAACACAGUUAUAUGCCUCAAGAAAUGUGAUUAAUGAACUGACAAGAUUUGGCCUAUUUCGAACAAAGGAAUGUCUGAAACAGUGCGCAAGCGUGGUGUACUAUAGGGACGAGUUGCUUCGGGCAAAGUUAUAAAAGCCUUUCAACUGCAAAUUAAACCAAAUCUCGCAUAUUACUAUGAUAGAAAGCUAUUGGUGCCGCUGCAGAGACCAACUUAAUUCUUGACAGUUCUAAAACUAGCUUCAUCUCUGUCUUACACUUGUCGUAAGUGAAGGACGGUAAUAGUUUUAGAGCUGUCAGACUAAUAGUUUAGUCUGCCAGAAAUGUCACCAUUAUUUACUUAAAUGCUUGUAUGGAUAUGAGAUUCGGCUCAAUUUGCAAGGAAAUUUCGGGCCAGUUUUAAAAACGAACGAUACAAUUUGACAUUAACUGUAGAAGCCUCGUAAGAGCUAAAUAUUAAUAGUGAGGCUUAUCGGAGGUAACGGUGCCCGUUACUACGUCGAAUCUCCGAUCAUUUAUUCUAUGUUAUAUUCUGAAAUUUUAGACGUUCUAGAUGAUAUUUUUAUUUGUCAAACAACUAGAGAAAAUUGGUUAUUUAUUACUGUAAAACUAUCCAUUUGAGAUGAUUAGAAAUGAUCACAGUAUUUGUCUUUAUAAAGCUGUUAUCGAAUAAAAAUAUCGUCUGUAAACACUAUGUAAGACGUAAGAAAAAAAUGGCUCGCUACGAGUCUUUAGUGCCCCUGAGACGACUGCGAAAGGUGAAGACAAUACAAUGACGCUACAGCAUAAUACUACCCGGAAUAUAGUGUUUGACAUGCAUGUACUAAUCUGCUACUGAUCUGUAGGAUAAGGACUAUUGUUAUACCGCUAAUAAGAGGGUGUUGAGUGAGCUUGACAAGGUCAUGUUUAGGCUGCACGCCCGCAAGAUUUUU